AUGAAACAUAUUUUGACAUCAAACUUUUCAUAAAAUUCAUCCAAACUAUUUUAAUUAUAUAUAGAUUAAUAUAAAUUUGAGGCAGAAGUUAAUGGUAAGCUGCUAAAAUUCUAACACAUGAAUUCUGAUGGUAGAAAGUAAAGAUAUUAUAGGAGGUUAAAAAACAUGAAACUGCCUAAACUCAUAGAAAUAACAUUUUUUAAGCAAGUGUAUGAGCGUCGGUACUAUACUUUCCUUUAUAAUUAGGUAGUAAAUUGUUGGGAUUUAGGAUAGGAAAGGAUUAGAUGUAAUUGGAAUUGUUACUAAAUUAAUUACACAACUUUCAAUCACAUAAGCAAAAUAAAAAUUUUUAGGGAAAUAUACAAUUGAAUCAGAUAGAUUGAUAAGAGUAUGA